AAACGAAACUCCCACAAUGCGCUUUGCCUGACAUGACGUACAUUUCCGGGUUGGCGGGCCAUUUCGAGUGACACGAACCCGAUCGAAAAUCAGUUUCACGCCUUUACAAGUGUAAACACUUUAUUGUAAAUUCAGUGAUUACAUCACAAAUGCAUCUAGUCGUUUAAAGGCACAAUGAAGGGCGUCACUUCGAACCAACUCUCGUUCUGUGGUAAGAUCAUCACAUUUGAUCACGCCCUAAGUGACAACCGAGUGACAAGCGAGUUGACACUCCGUAGCUUUUCGUUCCAACCGGAUCAAGAAGCGUUCCUGCAGACAUCGCAAGGAGCGGCUGUCAUUAGCCACAAAAACGCAGCACGCGUGGACGACGUCAUAAGAUCUAAAAGCGUCCUGUGUUUUCAGAGGAGAACCACCGCGCCGUGCGUCCUUGUGGCAAAAAAGAAUAAAAAGGCGGACUUUUUUCUUUAUAAACUUUUCACUGUGAGUGGCACAAACCAACUGGAGCCCUGCGUUGAGUUCUCACUCCCUUAUAAGCCGAAUGGGGACGUUUCCAUCCUCCAGGGGCCCACUGUGCUAUGGAUGCAUGCUGAUGCUGUGUUUCAUGCACCAAGUGAUUCAGGAGGGGUCAUACGGGUGCCCCUCCAACUGUCCCACUGUCUUAUCGGUGAGCUCCCCCUGCAUAAGAAACAAGUGUUCAUACUGGGACAACAACAGUGCUCCUCUCAGCAGACUGUGGCCUAUUUUCUUGGGAGCGGUCGCACCUUGGACGGCGCUGUGAUUUUACCUCCCCCUUAUAUCAGCAUCACUACGUGCAUCUCUGUGCUGUCAGCCCAGCAAACAGACGACGUGCUGCGGUGCACUGUGGUUGCAGCCACUGCCAAUCAGCAACUGGUUUAUUUGGAGAACGGCGUGGUGGAAGACACUUGCGCACUCCCGUUUCAAAGACCUGAAGAUAUACAAGUGGUCAACACUGGAAGAAAUGGAGUCAUCUUUGUUGUAUCUUUCGACCAGGGCCACGUGUGUGCAGUGUGGAAGGAUACAUUUGAAGUAACCGCCCAGUGGUCAGAUGUUAUCUCUGUGCACGUGGAUGACUAUCUUGGAUGCGGUACCGAGCAAAUAUUGUUAAUUUUUAAGGAUGACUGUGUAUCGGGGCAGCCGCUAGAACAUUUCAUCAUUACUGACCUCUGCGGGAUCUCUUUUUCUAGAGGCGAGCACAGUGGGCAAAGAGCAAACACCUCCCCUCUCCCGGAGAACCAAAUCCUCACAAUUCAAGCUUUGGAGUCCAGACUGCAGAGUGGACUGAGCGAGCUGCAAGAGCUUCAAGGAGAAGUGAAAGUAAAGGAGAGAGUUGUGCAGCAGUCGGUGCGCGCGCUCACUGAUGCAGUCCACAAUCGAGAGCCAAAUCUCACUCGGCCUGAGCAGGAAGGCCUUGUCGGUCUUUUGGAAAGUGAUGACGAGUCAAAGGAAGAGGCCGCCGAUGACAAGACCCAAGUCAUGCCGGCGGUGCCCCGCAGACCUCAAGUUGACAGGCUGUGGCAUCGCGUCGUCGACGGACGAGUAGUCGUGGGAGUGAUACUUGCCGCCGACAGCUUAGUAUCAGCGGUCGGUGCGAGCUUAUCCAUCUUGACAGAGGCGGGCCACGGCUCCACGCCCGCAGUCAUCCAAACCCAAAGUCGAGCGUUGUGGCUCCCUGCGCUCGGCCCUUCACCCUCGGCCGCCGCCUCCUCCUCCUCCUCGGCCGCCACCUUCCCAGAGCCAGCAGCCAAAAGAAGCAAGCGGCACGACGCGGUCGGCCCGAAUGAUCUCAACACGGCCAGACUCGCCGUGACUGCCGUGACCAGGCUGGCGCCUCUGCUGAACUCUGCCUGUGUCAAGUGCAAUGUCAUGCUCCAUUACGCUCCGAGACAAGAAGCUUCAGUCCUCGCCGGCAUACCGGCACUGACUGUCCUGCAUUGUGGUCAAGUCACUCUAGACAUCCACGCAGACUUCAAAUUACAGCUGUUGAGCAACCCUGAGCUUAAAACAGACGAGGCUCAGGAGGACUUGCUGAGUCUGUUGGCAGUGCUCGAUCACCGCGUCUUCCGCAUAGACUCUCCCGAUGAUAGCUUGGGCGAUGUUGACGGCUGGCUGCAGCGGAGAGUGGGCUGUAAGAAGGUAGAAGUGAGCCCUCAGCAUCGACUGUUCGCUUCUCAAGGACUCUCUUCUGUUUCGCUGCUGUGCUGGCGUCGCAUCAGUCCUUUCCAGGGGGAACUGGCAGUCCACUCGAGUCACUUGCAGAUGCUCCAGCAUCUGGACGUCCUGCUAGGUUAUCUCCCGGCAUCCUCCUCCAUCCAGCCCAUCUGUGGCUCAAGAAGAGAGGGGUCAUCUGAGAUGCUGGCUUUGGCUUUGGAGAAGGAAGUGACGUCACUACGGGAGUUUGUGUCACCGUUGCUGUGUGGGGAGCAAGAAGAUGAGGAGAGUAUGUCGGAGUCCGUAGAGACCCUCGAGCCAGGCGCGCCGGAAGGCCUCCAGAAGUGUCGACUCGCCUGGCAACAGGACGUGGAGAGGCGUAUGCAGAAUUUAAACAGACGAUUGGAUGUAAGUAGGUAUCGCAAGUUUAUUCAAGAGUUGACUGUUGCCCAGCUUGAUGGGGAUUUAGCAGCCCUCAUGGAGACUCAGAUGAAAUAAUGUGAUUACUCCUGGAAGAAAAAAAAUAAAUUAUUUGGCCUGCAAGAGCAAAGUGAUGCUGACUUGCUUGCAUUCUUAUGUCGCACUUGAGCAUAUUUCCACUUGAUCACCUCCGAGGUGGCGUCGCUUCACUCUGCUGCGCUGUGCUCGUCUUAAUCCUCCAGACUUUGUGUCCUCACACUAUUUGUUGAUGCUCUCAAGUUUCACCCCAAAGUGAGAAAUGUCGAGGGAGGGAGGUGGGAUCGCACAAAAGAAAGCUUUUACUGGUUCUUCCACCUCACGGUUCACUUGUUUCCUUCCCGGGACAUGAUGCAAUUUCUCAUAUGAUGCUUCUGUGAAAAAGUCACAAUUGCACAACAUGUCUGACAGAUCGACCUGACCAGAAGUCAUAAACUGACCAGAGGGGACU